GAUUCCUCAUCCCACCCGGCUAUAAAAAAUUUCAUAAAUGAGUCAUACUUCAGCGAGAUUUCUUUAUGUGGUGGUCAUGAUCCAACGGUCUGUGCGCUAAUUUCAGACGACGAUCAAGCAUGAGAGAUGGGCGCGAUGUAAUAGAAACAGGCCAUGGGACGGUUUGGAGUUUGAUACCCAGCCUAGACUCGUCAUGAUGUUUCAUAAAACCUCCUAUGUGGUCUUUUGGACCUACGGCUUUCUCGUGCGAGAGAAUCUUGACGGGACCAGGGCUGGGUGAGAGGCCGGCAAUCGGAGGCUGCGGGAAGGGAGGAGAGCAGCUAUCGCAAAGUUGCAAUCCGGUCGGCAAUGCUGGGUCAGAGACUAUCGACACGUCAAGCAGAAAGGGAGUUGACUGCCGCUAGCGGACUCUAUCCCUGCUGUCGUCGCCACAUGGAUCUGCUAUGCAAGGUUAUUCCUUCCUCUCGUUAUCGUAAGUCCAAGAGUAGCGCUGCUGGAGCCCCCCUGGGCCCUGAAAGAGUAUUAACACACAAAGCACCUGAUAUUACUCAUUAUCCUGCUUGGAAGCGUACAUUGCCCUUUUCAGUGGUAUGUUUAGGAGGACUUGCUCAGUUUUGGUACACUUUUCCAUGGUGAGUGAGAUUUCAGACCACCUUUGUUCGUGGAGCUGCCAUUUUCGCCAUUUUCCCGAUAACUGUCAAAGGGAGAAAUAUAAGAAGAAUAAGAAGAAAAAGAAGGGGACGCAGAGGGGUC